GCGAUCGGCGGUCACGUCGCCGCCGGGGGCGGGGCUGAAGGCGGUUGUUGCAACAAUAGUGGCAAAGGAGGGGCAUCACCGAGUUGUGCUCUGCUGUGUCGGGCCGCCCGUCUCCACGCAGCAUCCGUCUUGCGGAACUGGAGGUGCGCGCCCCUCAGAUCUGAUACCGCCAGCCGGCCGGCCGGCCCUCUCCCCGGCACGCUGGCCUCUGUGCGAGUGUGGCUGGCGUGAGCCUUCAGCGUGUGUGCAAGCGAACGGGGGGCGCAGCAGUGGAAGGUGUGUAAACUUUACUGAGACACUUUACAGUUCCACUUGAGAUGGCUGCCAUGAAAUAAAUGGGAAAAUCUCCAAUCAAAAACCUUGGAAAUGGCCAUGUGGAAUGGAAAAAUCGUGCUCAGAGUUCCAACUCUGGAGAGCACCAAAGGUUUCCAAGAGAGAGUUAGAAAUGAAAGACAAAUAUUGAAAGAAGUCCUGGCUUCGCAGUUAAAUGAGGACCUUCUCAGGCUUCUUGUAGAAGGAAAUCAAACAGAUGUCACAUUCCAAGUGGGUGCAGCUGUCUUCAAGGCCCAUAAAGCAGUGCUGCUUGCAAGGGUACCAGAGUUUUUUUCAAGAGUGUACGGAAAGCAGGUGAACGAGGAUGAGAACUGUCCACCAGUCAUCCAUGUGGAGAAUCUCAAACCUUCACAGUUUAAGUACUACUUGCAGCAGGUUUACACAGCGGAUGGGAAAGUGAACCAAUUGGAGGAGGAGAUGCUUCUGAGCAGCGAACAAGAUGGGAUGAGACUGUCAGAGGGCCACAGUCAGUCCUUUGGUGACCUUGAUAAAAAUAAGAUGUGCAAUGGGAAAGAUACUGAGGAUGGGAAAGUCCCAGCUGCUCCCGAUGACACUUCAGAAGAAAUCGAGAUGUUAACAUCCAGUCUCUUAGAAGACGAUAUGCCCGAAGGAAUAUUUGAUGUUCCUGAGGAACUGCAAGAAAAGGAUGUGACUGUAGAUGGAGGUGAUCCUAUUCCAGAGCCAGCCUCUGUGCUGGGUGCUGACCUGCUGUCCCUGUACAAGGAAGGAAGUUGCUCUGAUAUAACUCUUCAUGUUGAGAACAAAGUUUUUCGUGUGCACAGGGCCAUCCUGUGUGCUCGCUCCAGUUACUUUGCAGCUAUGCUCAGUGGCAAUUGGGCUGAAAGCUCUCAGAAAUCCAUCACCCUUGCAGGUGUGAGCCAUUUGGAGAUGGAUAUCAUCAUGAACUUUAUAUAUGGGGCCAUCUUAGACUUGCCAAAAGGAACUCUCCCAUGUUCCAUCCUUUUGUUAGCAGAUAUGUACAAUUUGGAAGGGCUAAAGGAAGUCGUUAUGCUUAUUCUGAAGAAGGAUUAUUGCAAGUUUUUUCACAAGCCUGUUGUUGGCGUGCAGCAGUCAAUUGUGGAAUGUCUGCAAAUAUCUCACUCUGUUGGAAUUAAUGCACUUUACAACUCUUGCAUGAGAUGGAUUACCAAAUAUUUUGUGAAAUGUUGGUCCGGGAAGGAGUUUUCUUGUCUUCCAGCGGAAUUACAUAGAGCCUGUUAUGAUUCACUGGUCCAUUCAUUAAACGUGGGGAAUGUGGUUUCAGUGUUGCUGGAAAGUGACCGUCUACUGUGGAACCUUCCAGAAGUGAAGUGGUCAGAGCAAACCAUUGCCUUGACAAAAGAACUACAAGAUGAAUGCAUCAAGCUGAUUGUGCUGAAUUUUCUUGAGGUGAUCAAAAAUGAGAGCUUCCUCCUCCUGCUGAAGGCGCAGACAAUGAGCAGGAGUCCAUACUUGGUCCUAAGAAUUUUUGCAGCCAUUGAACAGAAUAUCACGGUAUCAGAAGUUUGCUUGCUGUUUCAGGCUGUGGACCUGCUGAAGAGUCAAGUGGAUGAGGAGGUGGGUUUUGCAAUUGAGAUCCAGGCCCUCUUUGACAAGCUCAGGACGUUUCUGGUUCAGUCUUUCUACGCUGUCCGUCACACAGAAGGCUGGAAGCUGAUGAAACCUUACGACAAGAAGCAAAUAGAAGCAGCUGCUCUGGACAAAGGUGAUGAUAGAAAACUUGCCAAAAGACCAACCUUGACCAGUUUCCAGCCAAAAGAAAGUCAUCUGCUCAAUCCUGCCACACCUGAAACAGAAGAACAGGCCUGCAGAAAGGGGAAGUUGCGGUCAGGCAUAAGUGUGUCCAAAAGCUGUGUGUCCAGCGGUUCUAAGAUGAAGUCUGAAGGAUUGGGAGCGUCGGUGCCGAAAUCCAACGGGCGAAACCAUGCCAGCGUUUCGAGGAAAGAGGAAGGAAAGGAAAAGAAUGUUAAAAAGCCGAGUGAGAAAAUGCCAAAAAUUGGGAAAGGCAAUGAGAAGAACAGCUCAACAAAGACAAAUACACCUGCCAAGACCAGACUGGAGGCCAAGACAAAAAGUGAGAGUGGUGUUAGUAAAGCGAAAGAUCCUUCUGCAAGUUUUGCUAGUCAAAUGGUUUCUACAGUGGCGAGCAAAGAAACCAGCGGUCAUGAUGGAAAAUCAAUUUCGGGAGCCCGACCAAAAGUAGCUCCUAAUACUCCGUCUGGAGUCCUACUGAAGUCAGGAAAACCACUCAAGAAAACCACUCAACAGGCAGAGAAAAAUGGGAAUAGGUGCCAUUCCGACAAGCUGGAGUGCUUGAGCAAGGUCUCCCCUGUGGAGACGGUCAGACAGUCCAUUGAGCCAGAGGAGAACCAUGUAACAAAUGGAGUGAAAAAUGGUGGGAAGAAAAUUGCAACUGUCAGCAAUCCUGUUGAAAAUGUUGCACAGGAGUCUGCAAAGAGCCCUGCAAACCAGAAGGUUUCCUCUGCAGUUAACAAGCCAGCAACUGUUGUGAAAGCAACAAAAACACCAUCCACAAAAAACCCCAGACCCGCCUCCAGUAGUGUGCCCAACAAGCAGAAGGUACAAAAUAAAGAGGAAGCAAUGCCACAGGCUCAGCUGAAGAGAGCAUGGCACAGUAGUAACGACCCAUCUGCUCAGCAAAGAGCAAAGGGAGCAUCAGGGGCAGCUGGCAAGGUCAAAGAUCCAAAGGUGGGUCCAGGAAAAAUGAGCCCUGCUUCAGAAACAACUGAUGCUUUAAAGCUGGCUAACAAAGUUCCAAACAAUGAGAAAGUAACUGCCUCCAAUGAAAUGUUUACAAAAUCUAACUCUAAAGCUGGAAAACCAGCUGGUUCCACACCGCUGAGGACAAACGUAAAGAAAAUGGUACAAACUGGCACCAGAACACCUACUCAUUCAAAUAAGGCUGCACUGAAAGAGAGAAGCGCAUCUUUACCUAAUGUAAGGAAACCUUCAACUAAGGUGCUCACUGUCACAAACAAAACUGGUUCAGGAUUGAAAAGGUCCACUUCUACUUGCCAUGAUAAGGCAGCUCCAAAUUCCCCGCACCACAAUGUGAAAAGCGUGGAAUGUUCUGAACAUGAAUCCAUUAAUGCUGAACAUGAUCAAGCAGGAGCAAGUAAUCCAUUACAACCGAGCCCAAAUUCUGAUGUAUCACCAUCAAAUAGUUGUAAGUUGGUGGAAGGGGAGCAUAAUUUGGAAAGUCUUCAACAAAACUUGAGUUCAAGUAUUCAGUCCAAACCUCCUGAAAAAGCAAGUGCUUUAGAGGAAAUUGUAAAAAAGGCGACUGUUAAUGAACUCUCUGAAGAUGAUCGACAAUCUUGUGUGAAGUCAGAUCAAAGGGCUACCCAGCAUCAGCCUUCAGCAGUGACAAAUAAAGAAUCCCCAAGUGAUUCAGAAACCAAACAGAAAUUCCUUCAAGAAGGUAAAAGCUCAGAGGAAGACCAUGUCCAAAGAGGAAGUUCUCAUUAUAUUACUGCAACACCUGCUGACCAGACCAGUGAGGAGUCAGAACUUAACUUAAAGCAUGUUGACUUGCCUAAAGAAAUUAUUUCACCAGGUGUUGGAGAAAAUCAGGAGAAUGUAGAAACUCUGUUAGUGGAAUCUUGGAACCUGGGUACAGAAGUGUAUCCAGCUUCAGACACUUCAUUCCCAAAACAAAGCCCAGACACAGACACUGGAAGUGCAACAACGUCAUCGGAUGAUAUAAAACCUAAUUCUGAGGACUACGAUGCUGGAGGCUCCCAAGACGAUGACGGAUCAAAUGAGAGGGGCAUUUCCAAAUGCAGUACCGUGGUUUGUCGUGACUUUCUCGGCAGAAGUAGCAGUGACACCAGUACGCCUGAAGAACUUAAGGAAUAUGACAGUGGGUUAAAAGUAGAAGUUAAGAUGAAAGGUGUGGAGUGCCAUAGUCAGGUUGGUGCAAUAGAGUCAGGAAGUGAUCAUGGUUUCAAAAUCUGUCAUCAAGGAGCUAAAGCAAUUGAAAAUAGCAGUGAGGACCAUAUGAUGACCACCACUGAUAAAUUAGAUGUUGCCUCAGAUCUUUUGUCUUUGAGUGAAGUUACUGAAGAAAAGUCUGAAAUAGAAAAUUCUGAGGAAAUGUUCCCUUCCACUGUAUCUGCUGCUCCCCCUGCAGAGCAGACUGUCUACCACUUCCAGGGUAUUGACAACCUGGCUUUUGAAGAUGUUACUGAAACUGAGGCCGAGGUUACAAACUUCCCCUCGGCUGCGAAUUUCAAACGAUCGGUCCUGCUGUCUGUGGAUGAGUGUGAAGAGCUUGGUUCCGAUGAGGGAGAGGCCGAAACUCCAGCCUGUUCUUUGGAUUCUCUUACUCCCUCAGAUGUAUUUGAUGGAGGUUCCCAUGAGGGGAGCUACCAGCAUCAUGGGAAGACCUACUAUUCCCGAUACUCACUGGAAAUUGAGGAUGAUUUUUUGAACUAUGACUUUCCAAAGCAGUCUAAAAGGCAGUCGAAAAUUCCCAGCCCAUCACCAACUGCAGAUGGUGCCACUACCGUAGGUAACAGUACAGCUUGGCAAGCUGAUUUGACAGAAGCGGAGCGAGAGAAACAAGCGGACACUGCACCUGUUGCUCCCCACCUUGUUGACUUGCUGGCUGAGGGACAAAAUCAGCCCACAGGAGAGGAUUCAGUGGGCAUAAGCGCAGCAGAAAGGCAGCAGGAGGACGAUGUGUUACCUGCAAAAGAUAACAUCCAGCCAGCCACUGUGGAUGGUAGUGGUGAUGGUGGUGGUAACAGUGACAGUAGACCUCAGGAAAGACCCAGUCAUUUGCAGCUCUGCCAAAAGGAGCACUCUUCCACCGAACACGGCGAGAGCUUUGUAACGGACGGCAUUAACACAAUUGAUGUGGCAAACAUGGGAAAAGGGCAUGUGCAAGGGUACCAUUCAACCUCCAGUGAGCCACCUAGUAAUACUUUGCUAACAGGAGACUUAGCUGAUCCUGACCGAUCACAAAACUACGCACAUGAUCGUCGCCCUUCAAAAACCCUUUCUCCCAUAUACGAGGUGGAGAUAAUAGAAGAUAUACAACGGAGCUCAGAGCUGGAAGUGAACCACUUGCCACAGAAAGAAAAUGAACACUUUGCAGAAAGAGACUGGAUACUGCUUAAGCAACUAAUUGGAGAUCAGGACCCAAGUUAUGGAGUCGUCGACUGUCCGCCUGAAGAUGCCAACCUAGCUCAGUAUCUUAUCAACCAAACACUUUUUCUUUCUAGAGAUGCUUCCAAAAUGCCAAGUAAGAUUGCAUUUGAAAAGGAGGCACUCUGUAAAUGGACUGAAUUGCUAUCUCCUUUGGAGGACUCGGCAGCUAGCAUUACAAUGGCUAGUUUCUCCCCUGAAGAAUCAGCUUCCCCACAGGGAGAAUGGACAAUUGUAGAACUGGAAACUCACCACUAGCAUGCCCUCUGAAAUGUGAACAGAGGUGUAAGUAUGAACUGGAUUCUUCUUUUGCUAGGUCCUCUUCUCUUUAAAUCUUAACCAGGUAAUAUCACCUGGGUCAUGCUGGAUGCAGCAAUAAAACUUGCAAGGUAAAAUUAAGUAUAAAAUUACCAUUAAAGGAAUUGUCUUGUAAAUAUCAUUGUGUCAUAGGAUAAUCAUGAGUUAUAAAUAUCUUGAAUAGAAAAAUCUUAUAAAUUAUUGGUUUGUAUGUCUAAAACUGGAGGGUAAACAUUCACAUUUUCAUUAUGUAAAAUGUUAUUAAACUAAAUUCAUUUUAGUUUUUGACAGCAUUAAUCAGCUUAUUAGAAGUUCGUUUUUUUAAAAAAAACACUCAGAUUAGGUUGUGAGUAGGGUUACAUUCCUUAACAGAUCUGUACUCUACAAGGUCUAGUCUGGAAUCCAAAGUACCGUUGGUAUUUGCACUGUUAUUUUUUUAACCUUGAAGUGUUUUUCUUUGAAAUAUUGAUGUCCAGGGACUCGAGAUCUGAUUUAAUUUCUUUAACUCUUUCUUGCUAAAAUAAACUGCAAAAUCUCUAAAUGUGAACUGUAAACUUAUGUGAGCAUAUACCCUGUAUAUGCUGAUAAUUGAAAUGGUGGCAUGAAUUGGCAUAUUGUAUAUUAAAACACAUGAAGCAUCUCCUAGAACAAUUAAUUUCACAGAGGAAUCUCUAAAUAAUUCAGACUUAUGAAAUAAGAUUUUCUUUAAUAUUGUACCUAUUUUAAAUGUUGAAAUUGAACUGCCCAUGAUUAUCCUUUAGAUCACUGCCCCAGCAUGAAUGGAGAACUUGUCUGAAGAAGCAGAAUUGAUGUUAAGGAAAUUGGCCUUGGAGCUGGAGCCUCACUGCAACUUAAGUUUAGAUUUCAGUUUAAAAUCAUCCUUCCUGAAGCUGUGCGGGAUGCACACUGAACAGGUUUGGAGCUCGUUGCAAAGUGCUGGAGAUCUGAAAUAAACACAAGAAGUCCUGGAAACACUCAGCUGGCCAGGCAGUAGUUAGUCACAGAGAAACAGUUAAUGACCUUUCAUCAGAACUGCAUUUCAAAAUCUGCCUCUUUAGAACAGAAGCAAUUCCCAAACUAUAGCCAUACUGUAUAUAAAGGAAUCAACAGACCAAUGCAAGAGAAAAUGACUCAAUAGGAUUACAUUCCAUUACAUAAGAUGGUGGUUGUUCAUAUGUGCAGCUUUUUAAAAUGAAUAUACAGAUUUCCAUGUCCUCUAUGCAAGGCGUACAUGAUUUUGAAAAAAAAAGGAGUAACAAUACUUUCCCUUUGUAUUACAAUGUAAGUAAAUUUGUUGUAGCUGAGAUAAACAACUUCCAAACACCAAAAGGUGGGUUUGCUGAUGUGAAAGUAGAGGAAGACAAUAAAACAA